AUGUCUUCUUUACGAGGACUUCUCGUACUAGUGACGCUCUCGAUCGUCCUGUUCAGUGAGCAGCAACAGGACUAUGGUGGAGCAGUUGAGGCUAGUAUGAUCUACACCGGCAUAAAGCUACCAUUUCCUCGACAUCGCAUGUUCUACAAAUCGGUUGGCGAACGUAAGAUCGGCCCAAACCUGUACGAGGUCAGCACAAUCAUCCAGGAAGACAUCCUGCUCCGCAAACAGUGCGAAUGCAUGCAGCGAUACCGGUGUCGCGUACCGCGCAACAUUUUCUACCUAUCAAACCGCGAUUGCCAUCACCGCGAAAAAGUGUGCUGCGAGCUGCUGGAGAAUGCGUACGAAUCGACCAACGAUACUGCACCGAUCGAACAUCAGGGUGGUUUCCUGAGCGAUAAUGAGAUCUAAACGCACC